AUGUCGGACUCUUCUCCUCCACCACAGAAGAACGAGGGACCAUCUGAGGGAGCUAGCGAGCACCUUAACAUUAAGGUGACUGAUAACAACAACGAGGUCUUCUUCAAGAUUAAGCGAUCCACGCAGCUAAAGAAGUUGAUGGACGCGUUUUGUGAGCGUCAGGGGAAGUCUCCUACCACCGUCCGAUUUCUCUUCGAUGGCUCGAGAGUACAGCCAGGCGAUACGCCCGAUACUCUCGACAUGCAAGAUGGUGACACCCUCGAAGUUCAUCAAGAACAGAUCGGAGGCUCUUGGUAG